CAGCAAUUGAAUGCACCCCGCACUCGCGUUGAGUCACCCAAUUGGCCUUCAGUCAUAAUUCAGCGACAUCGGGAACCACUUCCUGCAUCUACAUUUGUAGUUUUUAGUCUGGUGUAAACCAAUUUUUUUUUUCACCUUCAACCUAACCCUCGACCCAAAACUUGACCAAGUCUUUAAGCACCAACACUAGCAAAAUGUGUGGAACAGAUGGCAAUAACGGAGUGAGUGCCAACUCGGUGGCCAACGGCGCGUUUCGGCCGUCGAACCCCUACCAGCCCGUGGGCGACUUUCUUUCCAACGUCGGCCGCUUCAAGAUUAUCGAGUCGACUCUGCGAGAGGGAGAACAGUUCGCCAAUGCCUACUUCACAACGGAGACCAAGAUCGAGAUUGCCAAGAAGCUUGAUGCAUUCGGAGUCGACUACAUCGAAUUGACCUCGCCGGCUGCUUCAGAGCAGUCGCGUUUGGACUGCGAGGCUAUCUGCAAGCUUGGCUUGAAGGCUAAGAUUCUGACACACGUCCGUUGCGACAUGCGAGAUGCCCGGAUGGCAGUAGAAACAGGUGUAGACGGCCUCGAUGUUGUCAUUGGCACGUCAAGCUUCCUCCGCGAACACAGCCACGGCAAGGAUAUGGUAUACAUCAAGAAGACCGCCAUUGAAGUCAUUGAAUUUGUCAAGUCCAAGGGACUUGAGGUUCGCUUCUCGAGUGAAGACUCGUUCCGGUCAGACCUGGUAGACCUGCUGUCCCUAUACCAAGCAGUGGAUAAAGUUGGUGUACACCGUGUUGGCAUUGCUGACACAGUUGGCUGCGCUUCCCCGCGCCAAGUUUACGAUCUGGUUCGAACUUUGAGGGGUGUUGUUUCAUGUGACAUCGAAACGCAUUUCCACAAUGAUACAGGCUGUAGUAUUGCAAAUGCGUAUUGCGCCCUUGAGGCCGGUGCAACCCAUAUCGACACAAGUGUGCUUGGAAUUGGUGAACGUAAUGGUAUCACUCCUCUUGGUGGUCUCAUGGCUCGAAUGGUGGUUACAAGUCCGGAGUAUGUCAAAAGCAAGUACAGACUUGACAUGAUCAAGGAGAUUGAGGAUCUGGUCGCCGAGGCUGUCGAGGUCAACACACCAUUCAACAACCCCAUUACAGGCUUCUGCGCCUUCACCCACAAGGCUGGCAUCCACGCCAAGGCUAUUCUUAACAACCCCAGCACAUACGAAAUCCUCAACCCUGCUGAUUUCGGUCUCACGCGAUAUGUCCACUUCGCCUCUCGUUUGACGGGUUGGAAUGCGGUCAAGACACGUGUGGCGCAGUUGGGUCUGGUGAUGACAGAUGAUCAAGUCAAAGCUGUCACGGCUAAGAUCAAGGCGUUGGCUGAUGUGCGGCCAAUUGCCAUCGAUGAUGCCGACUCCAUCAUCCGCAGCUUCCACAUGGACCUGGGCGACCGGGCACCCGUCAAGCAGAACAGGGACGCCAAGCAGAACGGAGAAGCCGAGCAGAUCAAGCAGGAAGCCAAGCAAAAUGGCGAGAGAGUACCGGUUGAAGUUGAAAUCGGAGCGUAAUUUAUUGGACCAUUGGCUGGCGUGCAAAGUGGCACAAUUUAUUAGGCAAGGAGCUGCCUACCAAGUGAAUACCAGGGAUGCAUAUUUCCCAAGUCAUAUUUUCAGGAGGUCAGGUCAAAAUUAGACUAGGUCCUAGGUCAUCGGGAGCGGAUCACAAAGGUAACGAGUACGAUCAAUUAAAAAAUAAGUAACAGACUUCGCCGAUGUCUCGCCUCAAGAGUGAGGAGAUACUUGACGCCAUGCUCAUACCGAAUAUCCGGGGCCAUUGCAGACUUCCAAAUGACGGAAAAUCCAACAUAACGACUGUCAUAUUCGUGGAGAGAUGUAUUAACGAACGCCGUGUGUUCUAGGGGGCGAGCAGUCGGGACUGCGGUCUCUUUCUACGGCACAGUCCACACACGAACCGGUUCUCACCACAAACAAACUUGAGUCCCU